AUGCCGUCUCAGGUAGCGGUGGAGCAUACGCUGCGGCGCGAGUUGGAACUCGGAGAGCUGGUACGGGGCGUCUGUGUGUCCGAAAUGGCGAGGCUGGGAUGCCUGUGUGGAGAGGAGGGCAGCGGGACCUCCUUCCCUCCUUCCCUCCUCUGGCACCCCGCUCUGAGCCCUGGUCCUGACUCUCCCCCCCCAGUGCUGGAGGACACGAUGGAGGAUCGCAUUAUCAGUGAGGAGUACAAGAUCUGGAAGAAGGACACCCCUUUCUUGUACAACCUGGUGAUGACACACACGCUGGAGAGGCCCAGCCUCACCGUGCAGUGGCUGCCCAAUGUGAGCAGGCCAGAGGGAAAGGACUAUGCUCUGCACUGGCUGGUUUUGGGAACACACACCUCUGAUGAACAGAACCACCUGGUUGUUGCAAGAGUCCAGAUACCCAGUGAUGAUCAGUUUGAUACUUCCAAGUGUGACAGUGAGAAAGGAGAGCUCGGUGGGUUUGGAUCCGUGACUGGCAAAAUCGAAACCGAAAUUAAAAUUAACCAUGAAAGUGAAGUGAAUCGUGCUCAUUACAUGCCACAGAACCCGUGCAUCAUUGCUACUAAAACGCCUUCUGCUGACGUGUUGGUGUUUGACUACGCUAAAUAUCCUUCAAAACCAGACCCAAGUGGAGAGUGUAAUCCAGAUCUUAGAUUAAGAGGGCACCAGAAAGAAGGCUAUGGUUUGUCAUGGAACUCCAAUUUGAAAGGACAUCUUCUCAGCGCAUCGGAUAAUCAUGUAAAAAACACAUCUCUUUUUUUUCCUCCUUUUUUUUAAAAAAAAGGUGGCAUAUAAUAGAUAAUUAGGGAAGAACAGGAUGGGUGUAACUUUAUAUUGCCUUGUGGAGGAGCUCUAACGUUGUAUUAUGGAAUGUUAUAUUGAUUGACUUUUGCCUGUAACUGGCAAACUACUGACUACUGUAUAAAUAUAUAUUAAAAGAAAAGGCAAUGAAUGCAUCAAAGCAAGAACACUGUAACACUGUUAACUGGGCACAAAAAGUUUUGUACAGUCAAGUUGUUAUGGGAUACCCAGGGUUAUCUGGGGACUUUGAGCUAUUUUAUACUGUACAGCAGUUACUUCCUAAGAAAAAUAGGAAUGCCUGAAUAGCUGUCUCUAUUUUUCAUCACUCACUGGGUUCCUGCAAAUCAUUAAGUCCUCAUUUUUCUUACGAUGCAAGUGGGGAAGCAAAGAAAAGAGGAAGAAACUUCUAUUCAUAUGUAAAAAGGGCUUUCCACUUUUACAUAACACUUUUGGCUUAGCUUUGCAUAAAUAAAAUUUGAUAGAAUAUUUAUU